AUGGGCUGGACUGACACACACUUCCGUUUCCUCUGCCGCCUCCUCUCAUCGCGCACCCUUCUGUACUCCGAGAUGGUCUCCAUCCAGGACCUCCUGAGGCAGGAGACUCGUCCCAAGGAGCUUCGAUGCCAUCUGGACGAGGCUCCGGUCGUCCUCCAACUCGGCGGGUCAUGCCCGCAAGGUUUCGCAGACGCCGUCGGGAUGUUGAGGAGCGCAGGAGAGCUGGACGGCUACUGUGCCAUCAACUUGAACUGCGGGUGCCCGAGCCCGAGAGUGGCCACCGAGGGCGUCGGAGGCUUCGGGGCUCGAAUGAUGCACGACCCUCAGCUGGUGCUCAGGAGCUCCGAGGAGAUCUCGAGAGCUGCCAACGGGUUGCCGGUCAGCGUUAAGUGCAGGCUGGGGACAGACGAAGUAGGAGGAUACGAGGCUCUGCGCACGUUCGUGAGGACGGUGAGCCAAGGGAGUGUGAGGCAUUUUGUCGUUCAUGCUCGGGACUGUGUGCUGGAGGGGCUGAGCCCUGAGGAGAACAGGAAGGUGCCUCCUCUUCGACCGAGAUGGGUCCACCAGUUGCAGAGCGACUUUCCUCACCUGUCCUUCACGUACAAUGGAGACGGUGAGGAUGAGUCAUGGGAGGACCUGCCCGCCGUGUCUGAGGUCAUGAUCGGGCGAGCAGCGUACAACCGGCCGUGGAUGCUGAGGGAGGCAGAUGAGAUGAUUUUCGGAGAGACGGGGAGGAGGAGGACGAGGAGGGAGGUGAUAGAGACGUACCUGGACCGCUCGGAGCGGCUGGGAUACGUCGGGGGGGGAGAGCAGGAGUACGGGGUGUUGGGAGCGCUUCUGACUCUUUUCGCGGAGGAGAGGGGAGGGAAGGUGGGGAAGGAGGAGCGAGGGUAG